ACCCGCCGUCAUGAAGAUCAUUCUUGUAGUUCUGUUGGCUGCCGCAGUGGCAGCAGAGCAGAAGAGGGAAGCUGAGCCCCACUAUGGCUACGCUGGAUACUACGGCUUCCCCUACUACUCAUACGGCUAUAACUAUGGAGUCCCUGCUCAUGCACAUGCUAUAGGCAAACGUGAAGCCGAACCGCAUUACGGACAUUAUGCAGGCUACGGUUAUACGCGUGGAUACCUAUAUGCCCCACACGCUCACUCCUACGUCCAUACCCACGGCAUCGGUAAGAGGGAGGCUGAGGCCGAUCCUGAGCCUCAUUAUGGAGUCUAUGGUCCUGGCCUUUAUCGCCCUUAUGGCUUUGGCUUCUAUGGAUCUUAUCGUUACGGAUACUAAGGCGUGAAUAA